AUGGCUCUGGCCUGGGCACUGCUGCUGCUCCUCCUGGGCAUUGAGCCUCUGGUGACCCGUGCUUGGUGUUCUGAAGAGGACUUGGACAGCCAUAUUCAACAGGCCAGCGAACCUGAGUUCCCCACCACGCUGGAUUUUGCCGUGCGCACGUUCAACCAGCAGAACCAGGACUGGCAUGCCUACAGGCUGGUGCGUGUGCUCAGCUCACAGAGGGAGGACUCCUGGGCCCAGACGACCCCCAAGUUGACGUUCUCCAUGAAGCUACUACUACGCCAAACAUUAUGUGGAAAAUAUGAGGCUGACAUUGACAACUGCCCCUUUCAAGAAGGCCCAGAGCUGAACAAUACCGUCACCUGCUUCUUCACCGUCAGCACCCAGCCCUGGACCGCAAAGUUCGAGCUCCGGAAAAAGAGAUGCUUAGAUGGCAUCUCCUGA